AUGUCGAUCCAUCCAGGAACUAAAGAGGAAAUUAACGGAGUGACCAAGGAAUUGAGUAAGGUAGGGAUUAUGCAAGGAUCUAAACAAGAGAGUAAACCUGUUUUGGAGAACCAUCAACAACAAUCUUUUACUCCUAACACGUCUUUGCAAAGUGCUGAAACAAAUCUGCCUGAUACCCCGAAUACAUCAAUUUCGUCAGCAGAUACAACACUUGGCACAUCUACCCAGGAACUUGUUAAAUCCAUUCCUCCACCUCGUGUUGAAAACAAUAGAAGAUUAAUUGCAAUACCAAAACCACAUUAUAAUGUUGUAAAACCCACUGAAUAUACUCCUCUAGCUGAGUAUUAUGCUGCACAAAGUCCUCAUCAUCCCAAAUUAAGGGAAGUUAGAAGAUUAGAGUCUGCUAAAGCUCCAAUUGACCUUUACCGUAUUGCCAAUCGUAACAAUAACAUCAACGUCCCUGCAACCAAACUUACAGCUGACAUUAGUGCCAUGUUCAAAUAUUCCACUAAUACAGAAGUUCGAAAGGUUAUUUCCAACCUUUUAGUUAGUACUGAAAAACUGCUUAAGAAAAAAUUGGCUGAUUUACCAACAUACUUUAAGAAACUCGUACAUGCAUUUGAAAAGAAUCCAGAAGUAUAUUUACGUGUAAAUGCCGAGCCAAUUUUUGGGGAGAACUAUACAGUUUACGAAUACUUUGACGAUCGUGAUUUAUCACACUUGUACUACCGUUGUCGUUAUUUUCAUAUCGAUGAUGAUCAUCGAAUUUAUUUCCAAGCCUUUAAUCCUGACACAAUUGGUAAGCCAGAAUAUGCUCAUUUAAGACAACUUUUAGUUUCUUCUUUAGAAAAAUUGGUUUUCGAAAUUGGAGGUGAAAAGUUUCUGAUUAAAAUUGAUGAACCGGUUGAGCAUAUGCAUGUGGUUGCUUUUAAAUUACCACCUACUUCGUUAGUGGACACUGUUGAAUAUUUAGAAUAUUUUUUAGACGAAAAGGAUGAAAUAGUUGAAUCUCGUAUUCCGGUUUUCUCUCCCAAACUGAUGAUUCAGGAUUCAACUCCAGUAACAGCUUUCUUCAUUCUCAAGUUGAGAGGUAAACAACUCCCUCCAGAGCGGAAAUAUAUAUUUGACGAAGAAUAUUCAUUCAAUAUUCUUACAGAUUAUAGUUAG